AUACAUCCCCUUUUUGGGUAUGUAGCAAGUGGAGCUUGUCUGUAAAAACAGGAAAGAUUUGAUCUUAUCUUGAACAUACGGAACAACAGGUUUUAGCAGUUAGUUUGUUUUCACUCUGACAACAUGUGUACUGGAAAAUGUUCCCGUUGCAUUGCUGUUACUCUGUACCCAUUAGCACUCAUAUCCAUCAUAUGUAACAUAGUGCUGUUUUUUCCUGCUGGGGACGUCAAGUAUGCCAAAGAUGGACAUAUUACCGAGGAGGUGAAAUACAUGGGGGGGCUCGUUGGAGGGGGUUUAAUGGUGUUGCUCCCAGCACUUUACAUCCACUUGACUGGAAAAGAGGGGUGCUGUGGGAACCGCUGUGGGAUGUUCUUAUCAAUUGCAUUUGCUGCAGUGGGAGUGGCUGGUGCCCUGUACAGUUUCAUUGUGGCAGUGCUCGGGUUGCAAAAUGGGCCCCUCUGCAAAGUCAUCCUGAUCUGGAUGACACCUUUUAAAGAAAGUGACCCGAGUUACCUGACCGACAACACAACGUGGGGAAAAUGCACAGAGCCUAAGAACAUUGUGCAGUUCAACGUUGGUCUGUUUGCCACUCUGCUGGCCACAAGCUGUCUGCAGCUGGUUCUCUGUGCCAUUCAGAUGAUCAACGGGCUCUUCGGCUGCCUGUGUGGAACCUGCAACAAUAAAGGGCCACUGUGAGUUCCUGACAGUUGACUGGUGACCCCUGCUGGAAGACUGAGAGCAUUGGUCCUGGCUGCAACUGCAUUAAUUAUUCACUAGAAAACUGUUUCUCUGACAACAGACUUUUAUACAUUUUAUGUUUGUUUCACAUACUUUCACAUUUCAUUAUAAAACACAGAAACUUUGCGUAUUAAGUUAAUCAUUCAUGCUAAUUAUAUUGUUCAUUGGAAAUAAACUGGUUUUAAAUAUAAGCUACCAAUCCACUGCUGCAGCUCUGUGUUGUUAACUUAUGUUUAAUAAUAUUAACCUUUUGGUGUAUUGUACUUAACUAGUAGGAUAAAAAACAGGACAAAAUUGUACUUUAAUGACACCUUUAAUGUAGGUUGUAUUACUACAGAGAAUAUCAGGAUUGAUAUCUGUACAAACAUUUCAGUGUCAUCUCAAAUGAUUAGCAUUUUAAAAUACCUAUAUUUCUCAAUGAACAGCUGAAUUGCCAACUACUAAGCACUGGGAAAAAACCCUGCACAUGGAUAAAGUGUGCAAAUGGCACAUUUGACGAGGCAUCUGUUAUUUUCUCAUUGACUUGUACAGAACAAUA